AUGGAAGAGACCAGGAAAUGUUCGAGAUGUAAACACUUUUCAUAUUUAGACAAUUUUUGGAUCAGGGGUAAUGGUCGAACUAAAAGUUGCAUAGACUUCCUUGAUAAGGCAAAGGUAUUAAUGGAUCGAAAUAGGUGCCCGCAUCAAAAGGAAAGGUCCAAAUGCAAAGACUGUAAGGGAAAUCAGAUUUGCACACAUGAAAGGGUGAGAUCCCAAUGUAAAGAGUGUGGGGGUGGAAGCAUUUGUACGCAUGGUAGGCGGAGGGAUCAGUGUAAAGGGUGUGGCGGUGGAAGCAUUUGCAAGCAUGGUUGGAGGAGGUCCACCUGUAAAGAGUGUGGGGGAGGUGAAAUAUGCUUCCAUCAAAAGAUAAGAUCAACAGUGUGGUGGAAGCCAAAUUUGCCUCCAUGA